AUGCAGAAGUUCGUCUUUCCCGAACGAUUUACUCAGAUGGUGCGUCAGCUCCGCGAUGGCGUAACGGCGCGAGCCACGAACAACGGAGCUGUCUCAGAGGCAUUCGCAGUGACAAACGGAGUGAAGCAGGGUUGCGUCCUCGCGUCUACCCUCUUUAGUCUCAUGUUUACCGCUAUGCUGAUGGACGCCUACCGUGAAGAAUGCCCCAGGAUCUGCAUCGCCUACAGGACGGACGGCCACCGCCCCAGUCAGCAGUGGACGCGCUUCCAGUCACGCGUAUCUAUAACCGCCGUCCACGAUGACUGCUCCCUCAAUGUAAGUACUGAACGAGACAUGCAAAGGAGCAUAUAUCUCUUCUCCAGCGCCUGCGAGGACUUCGGUGCGAUCAUAAACACGGCGAAGACGGUGGUCAUGCACCAACCGUCACCCGACACAGCGUACGCCGCAUCCUAA